UUAGUUGGAGACAGUCUUUGGCAGCCUGGUGGAACCGAAAGAAGAAACGGUCAUUUGUGUGCACGGAGUUGGACCAAAGCAAGUGAGAAUACAAUACAAAACAACACAACAACGCAACCAUGAAAAGAAAAGAAACACGAACACACAAACGCGCAUUACUCGCUAUAGCCGCAAGACCAAGCACACAACAUAAACCACUUCUUUUUAAUACCAUUCUUUCCCCUCCAUCUUUUUAAUUUUCAACUCCUUCCUAUUUAGCUACCUAACUCUCCUUAGACUUGAGCAUUUUCUCUUGGCUCCCAAAGUGCAGAGUGCAGCAGUCACAUCCCAGGAUCAUUAUGAGUUGUGGCUGCUUUGGAGCCUCAACUCUCAAGAAGAAAAGAAAUCCUUCUCAUACUCCUAAUGAGAUUGAUGGCUUUCCGCUUGAUAAUGUUAAGAAUUUUUCUGAUAAAGACCUGAGACUGGCCACUGAUAACUAUCAUCCAAGCAAAAAGCUAGGACGAGGAGGUUUUGGAACUGUUUACCAGGGAACCUUAAAAAAUGGAAGACAAGUAGCAGUGAAGACACUUUCUGCUGGGUCAAAGCAGGGAGUUCGUGAAUUUUUAUCUGAAAUUAAAACUAUAUCAAAUGUUAAACAUCCAAACCUUGUUGAAUUGGUUGGUUGCUGCGUUCAAGAAACUAAUCGCAUAUUAGUGUAUGAAUAUGUGGAAAAUAACAGCCUUGAUCGUGCAUUAAUUGGUGCAAGAGGUUCAAAUAUCAGAUUAGACUGGAGAAAAAGAUCUGAUAUUUGCAUGGGUACUGCUAGAGGUCUUGCAUUUCUUCAUGAAGAACUUGUGCCACACAUUGUGCAUAGAGACAUCAAGGCAAGCAACAUACUACUUGACAAACAUUUCAAGCCAAAAAUAGGAGAUUUCGGGUUGGCUAAAUUAUUUCCAGAUGACAUCACUCACAUUAGCACAAGGAUUGCUGGAACAACUGGUUACUUAGCACCAGAAUAUGCAAUGGGUGGCCAGUUAACCCUGAAGGCUGAUGUAUAUAGUUUUGGUGUUCUUAUUCUUGAAAUAAUCAGUGGCAAAAGCAGUGCAAGGACAAACUGGGGAGGGUCCAACAAAUUCCUCUUGGAAUGGGCCUGGCAACUGUAUGAAAAUGGGAAACUAUUGGAACUUGUGGAUCCAGACAUGGUUGAAUUCCCUGAGGAAGAGGUAAUUAGGUACAUGAAGGUUGCUUUUUUCUGCACACAAGCAGCAGCAAGUAGAAGGCCAAUGAUGUCCCAAGUUCUGAAUAUGCUGUCCAAGAACACGAGGCUGAAUGAAAAGGAACUAACUGCACCAGGGUUUUUCCAGGAUUCAGGAACAUCUUCUAAGAAGAAGUCAUCCUUUGAAUCCACCAGCUAUCAAUUUAGCUCUAACCCUUCCAGUAUUACUCAGUUGGCCCCACGUUGAACCAUAAACUAAACGUCUGAUGUGUCAAUUGCAGAGUUAAAAAGUAGUAGGAAAGAAAGAGAGAAAGAAAGAGAACAAAGAGGGAUUGUUUUUUUUUUUUUUUACAUUUUUCUCCUUUUUGUAUA